CAAUUGGCAGCCAUGUCAACCUGGAGACAACUGUCCAGACCACGGCUCCUCGUGUGUCGACAAUGCAUACGGCAGCAGUCUAUUUUGGCGCGCGGUGAGCGACCAGCAAAGAGGUGGGCGGACGAGGAAUCAGAUCCAGCAGCCAGACAAGCACAAUGGGAAGAGCAAGCGGGCAGGAUGCGAGCGGGGAUGCAGCAGAGCAUGCUGAGCAUGCUUGAAGAGCGAGGAUUUGUCAAGGAUGUUGCUGGCGGACGCAAGGAGCUCAAUUGGCUGCUCACAGAGAAGCGCAUUGGUGUGUACGUUGGCGUAGACCCGACGGCACCCUCCCUGCACGUCGGCCAUCUUCUCCCUCUGAUGGCGCUGUACUGGAUGUACCUGCAUGGUUACUACACCGUGAGCCUGUUGGGUGGAGGCACUGUACAGAUUGGAGAUCCUUCUGGCAGAACGACAGCACGCUCACGCCAGGCGGAGAACGUGCAAUUCAUGAACGUAGAGAGCAUCCAGCGACAGCUUGAGAAGUUGUGGACCAAUGUCAAGUGCCUAGGUAUCAAGCACCAGUUCUCGCAGAUGACGAGCCGGAAGCAAGAUAUUCUCAACAACCGCAAAUGGCUCGAGAAGCUCAGCGCAGUGGAACUGAUGAGGGACUUGGGCUCGGGCAUGCGCCUGGGCGCUAUGCUCAGUCGCGAUUCAGUCAAGCUCCGAAUGGAAAGCGGCGAAGGCAUGGCCAUAUCCGAAUUCAGCUACCCUCUCUUUCAAGCAUACGACUGGUGGAGCAUGUACAAGAACCAGGGUGUUCAGCUCCAAAUCGGUGGCUCUGAUCAGUAUGGCAACAUUAUUGCAGGUAUGGGCGCUGUUAGCCAUAUGCGCAAGAUAUAUGGCAUGGACAACGGAGCAGCAGAAGAGGAUCCACGUGUAGCGACAUACGGACUGACGACACCAUUACUUACGACCGCUUCUGGCGAGAAGUUUGGCAAGAGUGCUGGCAAUGCUGUCUGGCUUGAUGGCCAAAUGCUAAACUCGUUUGACCUCUACCAGUACUUUAUGCGCACCGCGGAUACCGACGUAGAGCGCUACCUCAAACUCUUCACCUUCCUCCCCCUCGACUCCAUCAAGCUGCUCAUGUCCCAGCAAUCCCAAGACCCUUCCAAGCGCCUGGCCCAGCACAUUCUCGCCCGCGAAAUCGUCGAGCUAGCCCACGGCGCUGCCGCAGCAAAGAAAGCAGAGGCAGCCCACAAAGACGCCUUCGGCCAAGGCACAAACACCUUCUCGCUCCUCUCCCUCCGAACCGCCAUUUCCAACAGCAAGGGUACCGACGCCUCAUCUCCAUCAUCGUUGGACGCCGAGCCAUCACUCAGCGCAAAAGAACAAGAGCUCCUAGAAUACAAGCAGACCUACGCGAGCACCAGCUCACCGGCCCAACCCAUCGGAGCAACACCUCCGCCCCCCAAGCCCUCGGACAAUAACAACCACAUCGUCACCCUACCCCUGUCCAUGCUCGCCCCAGGUUCCUUCCCUCACAUCCUCCACGCCGCAGGCCUCGCCGCUUCACGCUCAGAAGCCAGCCGGCUCAUUGCGAAAAAGGGUGCCUAUGUCAUCGUGCCCAACUCGGGCACAGUUGAUAACCCCACUGCCCUCAAAUGGGCGACCAUCGAACCCGGCAAAGAGGUCGACCCGAAUCACUAUUUGGUGGACUGGGAGGCCCUCGUUUUGCGCGCGGGAAAGGCUAAGAUUCAGAUUUGUAGAAUUGUCCGUGAUUGAUUUGAGCGGGGGAAACAAUAGGGCAUGAACGAGGAUGUCUUUUUUUUCUUAAGCUUUAGGGCCAAAGUUUUAACUAUAUGUUACUUCAUUCUGGUUUUGUUUGGAGGAAACGACCAAGUAAUAUAGAAUGUGAAUAAGGGUAGAAAACAAUGCACUAGUUCUCCCCUCCGCCCUUUCUGAUCUAAUUUGCUUGAUUGAUUUGCCACACUCCCCC